GACAACUUAUUCGGCCAUUGUUCAAUGUUCAUAGCGGUUUAAAGUGAAAAAGCGAUUUACCGUUAUUUGAUCAUUGUGCUUAUUUUUCACGUAAUUAAUACUUUCCGAUGGCUAUACCUGAUUAUAAACUUAGUGCCGUAUUGUGUGGGCACUCACUUGAUGUUCGAUGUGUAGCAAUAACCAAAGAAUCUUGUAUUUUGUCGGGCUCCCGGGAUAGAACUGCAAAAUUAUGGCACCCGGAAGGAGUGAAAGAUUUCGUAAAUGUUGUAACAUACAAAGGGCACAAUAACUUUGUAUCUUGCGUGUGCUGGUUCUCACCUUGUGAAGCAUUUCCUGAUGGUCUAGUUAUAACAGGCAGCAAUGACAAUACAAUUAUUGGUUACAAUUUGCAAGAUGGAACAAUUCUUAUAACUUUAAAAGGACAUGAAAAUGCUGUAUGCAAUAUUGCAACCAGUAGAGAUUCAGGGAUAUUAUUAAGUUCAAGUUGGGAUAAUACAGCAAAGGUAUGGAAUAUCAACAACAUUCAUUCAGAACCACUGACACUCAAAGGCCACCAAGCUGCUGUGUGGGCAAUUGUGGAACUUGGUAAUGGGACUUAUGCAACUGCAUCAGCCGAUAAGACCAUUAAGUUAUGGAAGAAAGAUGGUAGCGGUAUCUCAACUUUAACAGGGCAUACAGAUUGUGUGAGAGGUCUAGCCGUGGCCACAGCUGAUGUGUUUCUGAGUUGCUCCAAUGAUGCCACUGUCAGAUUGUGGACUAACAAGGGAGAGCGACUUAAUACUUAUUACGGACACUCAAAUUAUAUUUAUAGUAUCUGUGUGAAUCCCGGUGUGCCUAAUAGCUUCACAACAUGUGGCGAGGAUGGUACAGUAAGGUUGUGGUCUAAUGGGGAUUGUGUUAGAGAGAUACACCUGCCAGUGCAAUCUGUUUGGAGUGUCGCAUGCUUGGACAAUGGUGAUAUUGUAACAGGUUCUAGUGAUGGAGUAGUGAGAGUAUUUACAAAGGACCCUGCGAGGUAUGCUGAUGAAAUUACCAUCAAAACAUUUGAGGAAGAAGUGGAGAAAAUGCAGUUUGCGGCUAAACAAGAAAUCGGAGGCUAUAAACUUUCAGAUAUACCAGGGCCAGAAGUAUUGUUAGAAGCGGGCAAGACAGACGGACAGACAAAGUUAGUUAGACGUGGUACAAACGUAAAGUGUUACUCGUGGAGUGCUGCGGAGUGUUCGUGGAAUGAAGUGGGCGACGUGAUGGGCGCGCAACCUCCCACUGAAGGGAAGACUAUGUAUCAAGGAAAGGAAUACGACUAUGUGUUCAGCGUAGAUAUAAAAGACGGCGCGCCUCCUAUCAAGUUGCCCUUCAAUAAGACUGAGGACCCCUGGGUAGCGGCACAAGCCUUCAUACAUAAAAAUAAUCUACCCCAAGUGUAUUUAGAACAAGUAGCGAAUUUUAUAAUAACGAAUGCAAAACUAAAUACGCUGCCUACGCCCAGUAACGGUUAUGCAGAUCCGUUCACCGGCGAGUCCCGCUACGUGCCGGGGUCUGGGCCCGCGACGCGCACUGUCCAUGCUGUCGACCCCUUCACGGGCGCGGGCGCGUACACCACUACCACCGCACCUGCAGCCAGCGAUAAGCGGUAUAUACCACAUGAUUCUUAUAUCAGAUUCGAUCAAGCAAAUCUAAAAGCAAUAUACGAUAAGUUAAAAGAAUUCAACAGUAAGACUGGCGAUGGAAAUAAUACCUUCACAGACGAACAGCUAGAAAGUAUUGUUAAAUUAGGAGAAAUGAAUAGUACAUUCAAUCCCGAUACAAUUAGUUUAUUGAAAAAAAUGUUGGAAUGGCCAAAAGAGAUUUUAUUCCCUGUGUUAGAUGUGACACGGUUAGCAAUAAGAAGGAAGGAGAUAAAUGGACAGAUAUUUGACACUACAUACGGACCCAAUUUCGUCAAAUAUCUGCUCUCUCUACUUAGUCCAGAUAAUUUAGCAGCUAACCAGAUGCUGUCGAUGCGAGUGCUGGUGAACGCGUUCAGCGAGCUGGCGGGCGAGAUGCUGGUACUGGCGGCGCGCGACGCCAUCCUGCACUGCCUCAUCUGCCUCACACAUCUCAAUAAUAACGCACAGAUCGCGGCGGCGUCGCUGCUCCUGAACUUGUGCGUGGCGUUGGCGCAGCAGCCCGACAGCGCGGAGCUCGCCGACUGCCUGGUGCAGCUGCUCACCUCGCUCACUGACAAUGAGGCUUACUUCAGGGGUCUAGUAGCUUUAGGUACAUUGUUAGCUGAAUCUCCACAAAAACUUCCAAUACAAACGAAAAUUGUGACAAACACACAACUUCACAACAGACUGAAGAAUGACUGCAACACGACAUCCAGUGAUGCCAACAUUAAGAAAAUAUCGCUCUGCUCUCAAGAAAUUAUCAGUUUAUUAUGAAGUUACAAAACUUAUUAAAUUUUAUAUUCCCGCUAUUUUUAAAGCAAUUUUCAAUUGAGAAUAGACUAUGAUGCAAUUUGUACAACCGAUAAUCGGAUUUCGGAUCAAGAAAUAAACCCUUGCGGAAUUACGAACAAUAUGAACUUACUUUACGUAUAUUAAAGCAGACUAAAAUGCCUCUACUUCAAUUUAUUUAUAUUCCUUAGUGACUAUCUCUAUAUUCCGCUGGACAGGUUGGAAGUUUUAGCUUUAUUCCUAUUUAUAAGCGCCAAUUGCAAAAUUUAUCAAGUCGAGUUUCCAACAUCCAAAAUGGCAGAAUUCUAAUAAGCACAAAGUACCACGGCUUUUAGCCUGUCCAAAGAUCAAGGCUUUUGGUCGCUAUAAAUUGUAUUUCGGUUAUGCAACGCCUUGUUUAUCAGCUUUUAAUAGGUCAAGUAAUAGGUAAUAAAAAAAAGUUUUUGUUUUCAUAAUUUAUAAUUGAUUCAAUAGAAUAAAAAAAUAAAGUUUUUAAUGUACCAACAGCAAUAAAUGUAAAACGAAAAGGGAAAUAAAUCUUUCAUUUAUGCACCUUGGAAAAUUUAAUAUCACCCAUAAUUCAAUCUAUUUAGGAUUUUCAAUGCACAAGCACAUAUUUCCGUUUAUUUCUAGUCUUUUUAGUUUUUUUUUUUUUGUAUAUGUGUUUCUGUAGUAAGCAUUCAAAAAUAGAAUUAAAUAAAUUUAUUACAAUAAUCAAAUUCAAAGUACAAAAUAUGUCCUUAAAAUAAACAUUUAUUAUAUCUUCGCAUUUAAAUGAAAUAAACAACAAACACUCUUAAUCGUCACUUAACCUACACUAAGUGACCACUAACGAGUGUGACUUAAUUUUUGUAGAUUCAACAUUUUUACUUUAUCAAUAAAGCAUUGUGAUUUAUAAAAAAAUGUAACUUAGUUUUAUUAAUUAUCUAACAG